AUGUUUGAGGUUGGAAUUGCAUAUGCAGAUAUUUUACCAGAAAAUACAGUAACAGUGGACCCGCCAACCCUUAGUUUGACCCCGCAAGUUGUGGCCACCAGAGAUUCCUCAACAAGUGGGACCAGCUUGGAACCUGUGAUGAGAUGUCAGUUUCCGCAACCGGCAGAUGGCUCUCUACUUUAUAACAUACAGUGGUACAUAAACAACAACCCCCUGGCUAAUGCCACAUUUACUAAAAUAGAAUACAACAAUUUGAACAUCAGCACGGCCUUAAGACCCAACCACUGGACAGGAACUUACAGACUGAACAUGAAUGUGAAUUGCAGCGUUAGCGCCCAGUAUUCUAACAGUGUACCUGGUUCAACAUUUACAAGCCCUAAGUUCUUUGCUGGUGUCAAGGUAAACCAGACAUUUGUAGAUGUAGACGAAGGUCAAACAGUAGCCAUAGAGGUCACUAGCACACUUCCGGUUGGUUGUAGUGUAUCAUUAUCUGAGUCUGAGAAGGAAACUAAUUGUAAGGGGACUUUGUACAUAAGAACUACGGAGUAUUGGCCGUGGUGCUGGAACGGAGUUAAAUAUCUGUCGGCAGCAUUUCCCGACAAUGGAUGCCAGCUACAUUUCUCGUACAAAUAUUGGUACGAACCUGUCCAAUUAAACAUUACAGGAUAUAUGGACGGAAUGCGAAACUGGUGGUACAAGUCGACUGACAUUAAGCUUGAGCCUGGCACUGACAGCAAUCACCUCGCAUGGGGGAACAUGCAGUUUGAUGAUACCAUUGCUGUCAGAGUGCAUGACAAAGACACGAGUGGGGGAGGUAUAUGUAGCUCCUAUAACGAUCCUCAUAUGCAGACAUUUGACGGAAUAUACUGGGAAAAUCAACGCGUGGGAGAAUUCGUCAUGUAUAGACACAAGUCUAAGCCUUUCUCGGUCCAUGCCUUAUUUUCUGCCUGUGUCCCCGGAUUUGCAACCUGUAACUGCGGAGUAGCUGUCAAAAGUGGGAAUUCACUGUAUGUCGUUAGAACCUGCACUAGAGUGUCCGCCAGUCGGGUCCAACUCCUAAGUGUUCCGUAUGAACUAAUGGAUGGAUGCGAUCCCGACGCCAUUGCUGUGCAGAAAACCGGAAGUAGAUACCGGGUUACUCUCCCUAAUGGUGUAGAAGUGACAUUCGCCUUGAGUGGUUGGGAUAACUGGAUCUCGUACGUCCAGAUUGUGGCGCCUUCGUCUGAUUUUGAUAAAACAGAGGGAUUGUGUGGUACCUAUAACGGGGAUACCUCUGAUGAUUUCAUUCCUAAAGGUCAACAAAGCCCUGUAGCUGACGAGAAAACUUUCGCCGUGUCUUGGAGAGUGGCUCAGGGCUCAUCGGACAGUCUCUUCAUAAACAGUCCAACCCUCAGCAGCUAUUCAUUGCCAUCUACCCCUACCACCACUCCUGCUACCCUCUAUUGUACAUGCUCCUCCUACCAAUCUGCCAAUCAAAAUCCUGGUUACGCCCACUGCCAGCUGGAGUCUCCAACGGAACCAUGUUCUGAGUAUAAGAGCCAAACUGUUAGUGUGUGCACACAGAGUAGAAGAAAGAGGAGUACUUCCGGGACAGAUGACGUCAUAGAUACACCAAGUUUCUCUUACGAUCCCGACUAUGAUCAGGAACUACAGGAGGCCACGUGGACAAACGGUUGGAACGAGACAGCAGCCACGGACUACUGUAACAAGACUUUUGCCCUGGACCCAGUGGUAUCCUUCUGUAUAGAACAAGUAAACACCAGCAUCACCAAGUAUGUCAAUGGCUGUAUAAGUGAUAUUGAGAAAAUAGGAAACACAGACUUUGUGGAGGCAACACUGGAUACUCUGAAAAAGGAAUGUGUAACGACUGCGUCACGUGACGAGAGUUUCCAAAAGUCUGAUAACUCUAGCUCUAACAGUACAGAUGGCGAGAGUGUUAGUAUCCUGGAUGUGUUAUCAACCAUGGUUUGCCCAAAGAACUGUUCACAGAAAGGGGCCUGUGUCAAUGAGACGUGUCUGUGUAAUGAGGGGUACAUAGGGGAUGACUGUUCCUCCCAGCUGUCGGUCCCUCCCUCAGACCUCUCCGUCCCCGAGCACGGGCUCUGUGACACCAGUAAACGGGCAUGUAAGAAAACAAACGUGGUGGGAACCUUUAAUUCCGAACAAAUUAUUGCCAAUUUGAUAUACUUUCAGUCAACUAGAAAUGGUAUGGAAAGACAGGACUACUCCGUGUCUACAAAUGUCACAUAUCGACAUAUGAACCUUGUUACUGUUUCACUUCCGGAUUCCCCAUCUUCACGCAGGCGCAAACGAUCUGCUGGAAGUAACAUAUAUGGUUGGAUAAUCCAGCUAAGUUAUGACGGAACUUCGUUUGGAAACUCGACCACAAUUCUUCUAUUUAACAGUUUGACCGAAAGUUGUGAAGCGACUACUCUGAUAUGUACAGUAAAGCCUGCUUCAGCAAAUGAUACAAGUUUGCCACAGACAGAGGCAGACAAUCUGUUGCUAUACACCGGUAUAUCUGUAGGAGGCGUGGUUUUCCUGAUCAUUAUAGCCUUCAUAUUGUAUAUUAAAACACGGAAAAAAGAGCUGCAUCAUAAGAGAAUUAGUAGAGUUUAUCCGGAGGAAGGUUCCGGUCUUGUGUUUGAAAGAAGAAAGCCUCCUGAAACAGACCCAAGACCAUUCGACUUCUCUUGAAACAGAAAACAUCAGGAAAGAGACAAUUGGUUUCAAAAUAAAUGUUUGACAGCAAAAGCGUGAUUUUAUAAACCAACGCAGCCUAUUUUUGGCUAAGAAUUGAGUUUUAAUGUCAAAAUGCUCUGACGUUAAGAAAGUUAAUUGCUUUUUACUUUUUUAAAUAUUUUUUACCAAUCAGAUUUGUUAGAUUUUGAAACUGUUUUUAUGUUAUCAAGGUAAA